AUGAUUUCGCGAUUGUUUCCUUCAUCUCGUAAAGCAACUACCACAGCACUCAGUAGACUACUCAGACACAGCACCAACACCCAGACUACGCGACUACAGCACACGUCCACCAUGACGACCACAAUCUUCAAACACAUCGACCCCUCCUCCUACACCGGCAAGCCCUGGUCCAAAGUCGACGGCCCCGGCAUGUCCUUCAAAAUGAUGGACGUAAACCGCCCCGUCUACAACAUCCGCGGCCGCGAGCAAGACUUCACCACCGACAACUCGGGCUUCGCCGUCUACAACUCCCCCGCCAACGAGAAAUCUUUCCGCGACGAUGACAAGAUUCGCGCAGGGUACUAUCAAGAGGUUGAGCAGUUGUUGCGGAAGACACAGAAGGGUAUCAAGAAAGUUGUUAUCUUUGACCAUACGAUAAGGCGCAAGGAGAAGAGUUCGCCGAGGCAGCCGGUGCAGCAGGUUCACGUUGAUCAGACGCCAGGGGCUGCGGAGGUGAGGGUUAGGAGACAUUUGCCGGCUGAGGAGGCGGAGGGGUUGCUGAAGGGGCGGUAUCAGAUUAUCAACGUCUGGCGCCCCAUUGAGAACCCGGCCUCCGACUUCCCUCUCGCGGUGAUAGAUUGGCGCUCAACUCAACCCGAAGACUUCAAGCCUGUCGACCUGAUGUACCCAAAGCGCGCCGACUCCGUCCACGACGACGAUGACAGAGGGAAGGAGAAGCUCCCAGAUGAGAAGUCGUACUACUCUUCUGAGGGCUACGAGGCACGGGGCGAGACUUUGGGCGUUGCGCCGAACGAGGGACACAAGUUUUACUAUAUGAAGGACAUGACACCGGACGAGGUUAUGUUGCUGAAGUGUUACGACUCGUAUGGACAUGAUCAGCCGAUGGGGAAGGAGGGAAUUGCGGUGAGGACGCCGCAUACUGCGUUUAUUGAUCCUAAUACGCCUGCGGAUGCGCCGGGGAGGCAGAGUAUUGAGGUUAGGUGUUUGGUGUUUUACGAUUGA